AUGGCGACCGGUGAAGGCGGUGAGAGUGGGAAGUUUGUUCCGAAGAAAGGGAUAAAAUCAUCUGUUGUUUGGAACUGGUAUGGGUUUGCUGCAACAGACAUAAAACAAGAGAGCCCACGCUGCAACCUUUGUCUAAAACCCGUCGCAGUCAAAGGCAGCAGCACCACUAACUUGUUUCAACAUCUUAAACAGAGGCAUCAAGCCGAACACGAAAAAUGCCAGUCUCUCCGAGACGAACAGAGCCACAGUGACCAAGAACCAGUGGCUAAAAAACAGCUAACUGUAGCCGAAUCGUUCGCACAGGGGACCACAUAUGACAAGAAAGGGGCCCGGUGGACUACAAUCACCGACGCGGUCGCUUUGUACAUAGCAAAAGACAUGGUACCAAUAUAUACCGUGGAGAAGACGGGGUUUAUAAAUUUGAUGAAAACAUUGGAUCCCAGGUAUGAGCUACCCAGCCGAAAGUAUUUCAGUGAAGUAGUCUUGCCGCAGCUGUACAGAAACACACGCAAAAAGGUUGGCAGAGAACUGGAGGAGCUGUCCUUUUUUUCGGCAACAACCGACAUGUGGAGCAGUCGAACAAUGCAGCCUUAUAUGAGUUUAACGGUGCAUUUCAUUAACAACGCGUGGGAUUUACGUAGUAUUUCCCUCCAAACGUCAUACUUUCCCGAGGACCACACCGGUGAACUUAUCGCCAAAGGACUGAGAGACGCUCUUGACUGCUGGAACCUGUCUGAGAAUUGUCUAUCCUGCAUGACGACUGACAGCGGGACCAACGUGAUUAAAGCCCUGAAAGUGAACGGAUGGCCAAACCUCCAGUGCUUUGGACACAAACUACACAACGCUAUCGAGAAUGGUGUUAAGGAUCCCCGCAUAGACCGAGCCAUUGGAGUUUGCAAGAAGAUAGUUGCUGCUUUUUCCUACAGUUGGAAGAAAAGAAGAGAGCUGGGUUUAGCUCAGUCAGAGCUGGGCCUUCCCCCUCAUCAGCUUAUAGUAGAAUCUCCAACCAGGUGGGGCUCACGCCAAAAGAUGAUCGAACGAUUCCUGGAACAGGAGAAGGCUAUUGCCCGUGUCCUGGGGUCUGAAGUUAAAAGCCGCCAUCUCGUGCCCUCUUGGCAAGACAUCGAGGUUUUGGAGUCAGUAAACAAGGCGGUUAAAGCACUCCAAGAUUUUACAGAUGCUUUAUCAGGGGAAAUGUAUGUUAGUGUCUCAUACAUCAAGCCUGUUAUCCAUCUGUUCAAAACAAGUAUUUUGCAGCCUGAGGACAAUGACACAGAGCUCACCAAAACAAUCAAAAGCAACAUACUGGGAUACCUUGUUAACAAAUACAGCGAUCCUGUCAAAGAUUAA